AACUUCGAGGAUGCCAUGGAAAAGCUGUCGCUCUAAAUCAGGACGAAAUAUAUAUGAACCAACGCAGCACCGUAUCUGAAGUUUUACAAUACGGUUUUCACUAUCCUGCAUUCAAUCGACUCAUAACUCAUACCCUCCUCACGUGUCGCGGAAGCGGAAUGCUUACUGUACAGGACAGCACCCAUUGUUUUCGAUGACUCCCUUCAACUACCUCGACUGCUUCGCGUCCUCGGCAAUGGUUAAGGUUCCUUUUGACCACCUAUUCACCUCGAACUAUCCAGCGGAGGAUUCUGAGAUCACCGACAUCCAAACUGCCCUGCUGGAGUCACGGAACCGGCUGCGUUUGUUAGAGGGAAAACUAAACGAGCUAGAGAUCGAAAAUGAUCUGCAUCCUCUUGACGAACGGGCCAAUGAGCGGUAUGACUCCAGAGCGCAACUUCUUUUAUGUCGUGAUCAACAACGCGCGCACAUUACGAAGCUCCAGAGCACACUCUCAUCUUUUCGACGUCUCCCUCCCGAAAUUCUUUUGCUUAUAUUUUCCUUUGCUCUUCCCAGCUGGUGGAAAGGCGUUUCGAUGGAUCCCAGUUCUGUAAUCUGGAGGAUUAGUCAAGUUUGCGGCUUGUGGAGGGCGAUUGUCUGCGAAAGCAUGCCAUAUCUAUGGUCAUCGAUUGAAAUCGACUGCGUGGGGGCUCAUGAACAAAAUCUUACCAACACAUUGCUCGAGCUUGCCCUGCAGCGGUCAGGAUCACGUCCCCUCUCCAUCAGGUUCUACUUUAGCCGUAAAGACAUGUCGGGUGUAUUGCCUGAAAGCGAGAAGAGGUGUUUGAAACUUCUUGCCAGCCAGUCUUUUCGUUGGGAGGCGGUGGAGCUGCAAUACAUCCCAAUAGCAGCACUCGAUAGCCUCAGUGCCACAGUAAAACACCGCAUACCCCUUCUUCGCUGGCUCGUUGUCGCCAACAUACCUGUGAGUCAUGCUGCGGACACUCCUUCAACAGCAGAAGCAUUCCAGGUCGCUCCCCAGUUGCGCCACUUUAGUCUCUCCGGAUUCUUUCGACCUUCGAGAUUCUACCUACCCUGGCUUCAGCUCAGCUCAUAUACGGGCAGUUUCCGGGACUUCAGAGAUUUUUUGUUUGUCCUAGAAUAUGCAAAAAACCUAAAUACCUGUGAUGUCUUUUUGCGAAAUUUUCAUCCAGGCUCAAGGGUUGAUCAUCUGAAUAUGCAGACGAUGCAUUUACGUGGCCAACUAGUUGGUCUUUCUCGUCUUUACCUUCCCUCAUUGCAGACCCUCGUGUUGGAUGAACUACUCCUCCAGGAUUUAAGUCCCGUGUCGACGUUUCUUCGUCGAACACCUUCCGUCGCUUCUUUGGAGGUCUACAUAUUUGAUACGGGAGCUGAGAAUUCGAUAAGCCUCCUGUCGGAGGUGAUGCAUGCCUGCACAAAUAUCAAUUCACUUGUACUAAUGGGCGAGUAUGACAUACGUUCUGUGUGUUCUCUUCUGGAUAUAUCAGAGACACCCAGUCAGGGUCGGAUUCUUAUGCCUCGUUUGCGGCAUUUGUCGCUUUCCGUGUUGGCGACGGCGGAUACGGAGGUCGCAAAUAUCUUGGGUUUGAUGCUGGAAUCUCGAAGGUAUUCCACUCUGCAUGACACAGACCACGAAUGUGUUCUUCUUUCUUCAUUGACUUUGUAUUCUUUGCGGGAGCCAAGCGUUAUACUUCAACGUUUAAAACCUAUAGAAGAAACACUGGGCCUGAGUGUCCUCGUGAAGACUGUUUAAUUAGGCUGUUACCGUCUGAAUGAAUCGGAUUAUAGUACUCUGAGCGCCUAAGUACUCCUUAGUUUGGCUGAAUAGCCACCGAAUGGCACUGAAUAGCCUCGUUCUCCACCUCCUUCGUGUUCAUCCUUUUUUGUUUCUCUUUAUCGACGGCUUAACAACCUUAGACUAAACGAACAUGGACGCAGAGCUUACCUACAGUCCCGGAAGCGUCUCAAGAAUGGGCGAGGUUCACAAAAGUGUCAGAUGGUG